AUUACUAACUUGAAAACAUUAAUUUUAAGAGGGAACUGGUUGAAAUCGUUUGCGCCCUCAUUCUACACGCCAUUUAAAAAUUUAGAAGUUCUUGAUAUAGGAAACAAUUUCUUAACAAGUCUGAACUGGACCCACAUGACUCAAACACUGAAGAGUCUGAAUGAUCUUCGUCUCGAUCACAACAGGAUGCAAAUAAUUUCCGAAUCGGCUGAGACGUUGUUUCAAACAGUGAACAAACUGCAUUUGGGAUUUAAUAAA